AUGAGCGUCGACGAAUCAGAUCCCAUCGCAAUGAUGCAUUACGCAGAUCGCCUCAUUUAUGAAGCACAGGAGAGCGGAAGCGAAGAGCUGAAAGCAGAUAUUGGCUCAAAAGCGUUACACUACUAUAUUAGUGCGGCGCGAUCAGGCGUUCCAGAGGCGGCACGAAAGGCAGCUGUUCAUUUGUGGGAGGCAGGCCAACGUCGAGGCGCGAAAAAAUUGUUACGGGAAGCUGCACAAGAAGGCGACCUAGCCGCAACAAAGAUACUGGCAGAAUGGUUGUGGGCUGAAGACUACCCAGCUGUAAGGAGCACCUCGCAAUCUCUGGAAAUUGCGAAGAGAGAAGAAGAGCCCGAGGACGAGGAGGGCGACGACAGCGACGAUGAGGACGUAGAAAUGGGCCACGGGUUAACUCCACAAAAUAACAUUGACCGAGUGACGAAAGUCAGCAAAGCGCGGCGGCAAGCGUUCCAUUUGUGGUGCCUUGCCGCCGAUCGCUUUGGCGAUCUUACGAGUAUGCGCAAGGUUGCCGAGUGCUAUGCUAAUGGCGAGGGAGUAGGAAUAGUGGACAUGGACAAAUCCAUAGCGUACUGGGAGAGAGCUGCAUCUAAGGACGACAGAACAGCCAUGGCUGCGUUGGCUCGGUACUACCACCAGCGCUCCCAUGAGACAUUCAAACGCCGUGGGAAAGGUCCCAUAAUGAAUUCCAUCUCAGCACCGCAUGAAGACGUGGCGCUCAAUGAAGAUGGUGAUGGAACGGCUAUGGUCAAACUACUACGGUACACAUGGAUGGCAGCAUCUGAUGGGGACAUAUUCUGUUUACGCCAUCUUGCAAGUGCUCAUCAGCAUGGGUACCAUGGCGCUCAAAAGGACGUUCCAGCCGCUCUGCAGCUCUACAUGGCGGCAGCAGCACAAGGGGACAUAUCAGCGCGCGCUGCCGCUGCGGACAUCCUGUAUCACGGUGAUGACGGCGUAGCACCGGAUCGAGUCGGCGCAUUUGCCUUGUAUACCCAAGCUGCAAAAGAAGGUUUGGUACCUUCGUACAAGGCACUAGCAGACUGCUACCGCACUGGUCAGGGUGCCCCAGACGAUAAGUGCAACCUUGAGCUCGCCUACAUGUAUUAUUCCGAAGCAGCGCAGCAAGGAUGUACCACCAGCUUGAGAAUGCUCGGGGACCUUCAUUGGAACGGCGAUGGAUGUGUAAAGGAUCGCGCAAAAGCUGCGGAGUUUUACGAACAAGCAGCAGCGGCUGGGGACUUGGAAGCGGAGCGAUGUUUGGCUAGAUGCUACUGGUUGGGACAUGGAACGGUAAGGGACCGAGAAAAAGCGAAAGAAAUCUGGCGAGAAAUGGCGAGAAACUGUGACAGCUUAGGCGAUGAGGAAAGAAGACGAUUAGAAAUAAUGGAUGAUGAAGCGUUUGAAGAGUUGAUGGAGUAUUGUUGAUCCUCGAUAUUCACUUUGUUUUUGCGGAGACCUUUUAUAUUGAAAGUGACGAUGCCUAUUAGAUCACCCUAUUAAAGAGUUUUUCAUCCUAAUUACAAAGUAUAAGGAAGAGUUUAUUCAUUAGUUUUUAGAAUUGAUUGCCAGAUAAAAACAAUGCAGUCAAUAUCCCUGAAAGGAAAUUUGAGCGUAACUGACCUGUACUGACCGAC